AUGACAGAAGAGGGGACCAGGCUGAAGAUCACCAGGGACCUGAAAGCGGCCGUCUCUGCCAUCCUGCAGGGCUAUGGGUCCGGGCAGGGGCCAGUGACAGAUGCCAGUGCUGAGCUGCACAGACUCUGCGGCUGCCUGGAGCUGCUACUGCAGUUUGACCAGAAAGAGCAGAGGAGCUUCCUGGGGCCUCGGAAGGACUACUGGGACUUCCUGUGCACUGCCCUGCAGCGGCAGCGAGGGGGCGCAGACCUGACCCGCCUGGUCUGCUCACAGGACAAGCUGAAGACUGCUCUGGGCAAAGGCCGAGCCUUCAUCCGAUGCUGCCUCGCCCGUGGACAGCUGGCUGAGUCCCUGCAGCUCUGCCUCCUGAGCCCAGAACUUUCCAGGGAAUGGUACGGCCCCCGGAGCCCUCUCUUGUGCCCUGAACUCAAAGAAGACAUCUUGGACUCUCUCUACACCCUCAAUGGGGUGGCCUUCGACUUGGAUCUGCAGCGGCCAGACCUAGAUGGAGCCUGGCCCAUGUUCUCAGAGUCCCGCUGCUCCAAUUCCAGCCAUACCCAGGGAAGAAGAGCCAGAAAGACUAAAGAUUUUCCAAAAGAGAUCACAUCGGGGAGCACCCAAAGAGCCAGCUGUCAGCGAGAUGCACCCAGAGAAAACCUAUCGCCUGCUCCUUCCAGGUCCCAGCAACACGAGCAUUUUCCUUCCUUUUCGGAAAAGAAGAAAGAAGAUUCCAGAAGCCUCAGGUCUUCCCAGAACACUGAGGGAAAGGAGCUUCCACUAGACCAGGAGGGAGACCCAGACCCUGGGAAAUAUCUGGAGAAUUUGACAGCAAGUAUCCAGCAACAGAGGAAAGGAGGCAAGGAGGCUCAGACGGUAACAAAGAUGGAGGCUGAAGGCAAGGAGGUUCUGCUAGGUAUAAAGGUUCCAAGAGCAACAGAGGAGGCUCACAGAGGAGAAGCAGGGAAGCAUCCUGUCCAGGAGCUGCUGGCCUCCACACCCCAGGAAAUGACAGAGGAAGCUGCAUCAGAAAACAGGCAGGGGCAGGAGUCCUGUGCCCUUUGGGACCAGGGAACAGAGGGAGGUUCCACCCCAGAGAAUCCAGAAGAACAAACAGGAUGGACCAGUGUAGCCAGGAGGGAGGAGCACGCAGAGCUGUCCUUACAGGAUGUGGUCAAGAGCCUCAGACAGAAGCUCCAGCAGGCUGAGGAGCGGGCCCAGGGCCAGGAGCAGCUUCUGCGAGUAUGGGAGGGUGAGAGGCUGGCACUCCAGGAACAGCUCAGCAGGUAUCAGGGAGAGAAUGCGCGGCUGCAGGUGGAGCUGGAACAGAAGCAACGGGAGGCUGAGAGGAGGGACGCCAUGUAUGAAGAGGAGCUCAGAGGGCAGCGGGACCUGGUCCAGACCAUGAAGAAGAGAGUUCUGGAAUUGAUUCACGAGAAGGACCAGCAGUGGCAGAGGCUCCAGCAGCCCUCCAUGGCUGCCUUGGGCCCAGGGUGCUGUGUGGGCUGCAGCAAGGUCUUCGGCCGUCUGUCUCGGCGCUAUCCAUGCAGGCUCUGCGGGGGUCUGGUGUGCCACGCCUGCUCAGCAGAUUACAAGAAAAGAGAGCGAUGUUGCCCAGUCUGUGCCCAGGGAAGAGCCCAAGUUACCUGA